UGAUUUUGCAUUUCUGGGUAGGGGACCUGUUUGCAAACAAAACAGUUCUCCCUGUCAGAUCAUGCACACUGCUUUGGAUGACUGUGCACAGCACAGCCAUGCAAAGCAGUUUGAUUACAGUGAAACACAAACACAGUGCCCCAUAGUAAAACACACCCCAACACACAGUUAACUCUUUGAUCGCCCCUCAUGUUAACCCAUUCCUGCCCAGUGCCAUUAGUACAGUGUCAGUGUUUUUUUAUAGCACUGAUCACUGUAUUGGUGUCACUGGGGAUGUCAGUGACACCAAGUCAGUUCCCCCCAGUGUCAGAAUGCCUGCCGCAGUCCCUC